AUGCGCAUCCCCUACGUUGCAGACCCUCCAUCCACUUCCUGCCCGGAGGAAGCAAAAAUUCUAUCCAGCAUCCAGGCACGACGCGGUGAAGGGGGCAUGCUAGCACUCGACCGAGCGUUGCUCCAUUCUUACCCAGUCGCGAAUGGAUGGAACUCAUUCUUUGGUGCCAUUCGCUCUCAGACCAGUCUUCCAGACGACCUUCGUGAACUCGCCAUUUGCAGGAUAGCUGCGGUCAACCAUGCUCGCUACGAAUGGGAUCAGCAUGCGCCGCUCUUGGAAGCCACGGGAUUUAGUCAAGAAGCCUUUCGAGUGCUGGCCAACAAAGAUCUUACGGGGACAGAAAACGAAGUUCUGCAGGUCUUGAAUCCUCGACAGGUUGCGGUCUAUCGAUACACAGAUGCGAUGACCAAGAACAUUGCGGUCCCGGAACUGAUAUUCGAUGAACUGCGGCGGCUUUUUACGGAGAAAGAGAUUGUUGAGAUUACUGCUACUGUGGCGGGGKACAAUUGUGUCAGUCGAUUUCUGGUAGCUCUCAAUGUGGGAGAGAGAAAUGGGGUUGGGUUGCCAACACUCAGAGCGAUGUUGUAA